GUAAGAUAACGGCGGCGUCGUUCAGCUUUGCCAAGCAAGUUCGGUCGAGGAGCUGGUUUUCGGAUGCGUCAAAGAGAGCAUUGGGGGGGGGGUUGCAUGGAUACGAGGGGUUUCUGGAGGUACGAGUUGCCGGAGGAAGUACAAGGAAGGACGAUCAGGGCGAGGCAGAAGGGAGAAGGGGACUUUAUAUGCAUAAAUGUACUAGAACUAAUGACGAUGGUAAUGACGGCGUAUGUGAUGGUAAUUUCGAGGGGGGAUAAGCCGGAGCGGGAAGGAGAGGCGGUGAUGAUGAGGGCGGACAAUGAGAGCGCCGUGUCGUGGGUGAAGAAGUGGGGGUGGGAGGGGAAGAAGAAGGCGAGGAUAGGGGCACUGAUGAGGAUGAUGGGAGCCUUGAAGACGAUUGGGGGCUGGUGUUUUCAGACGAGGCAUGUACCGGGCGUGGAGAAUAGGGUAGCAGAUGGCAUAACGAGAUGGAAGGAAGAAGAGAUCGCUGACAACGUGCAAUCGGAAUCGCCCGGAACACGUUGGCAGGUGCAGGAGCUGAAGGCCGAGGAGCAGCAGCUAUGUGCAGAGAUUUUGCGUUGUCUUUGCCGUUGA